AUGGCAGGUGUGACUCCGGUGGAUGGGACCCCGGGCAAGGCGUACGCAGACUGCUACCCCGUGCUGCUGGAUGGAGCUGUGGUAGGCUGGGUGGAGGCAGAGCUCGCCCCGGUGGUGGUGGACUCUCUGCGCAUGUUCAAGGUGCUGAAAGAGAAGAAGAUCCCUCCCUGGACUGAGAUCGUUCUGGUUCCUAAAACAGGAAAGGCCAGCAUGUACCCGGGCGUGUUCCUCUUCACCACCCCCUGCCGGAUGGUACGACCCGUACGCAACUUAGCUCUGGGCAAGCAGGAGCUGAUCGGCACCUUUGAACAACUUUACAUUAAUGUGGGCAUCAUGGAGGAUGAGAUAGAGCCGGGGGUGACCACGCACCAGGAGCUCUUCCCUCACAGCAUGCUCAGCGUGGUGGCCAGCUUCAUCCCAUACUCCGACCACAACCAGAGCCCCAGGAACAUGUACCAGUGUCAGAUGGGUAAGCAGACGAUGGGUUUCCCCCUGCACUCCUUCCUGGACCGCUCCGACAACAAGCUGUACCGGCUGCAGACCCCCCAGAGCCCCAUGGUGCGGCCCUACAUGUACGACCACUACAACCUGGACAACUACCCGAGUGGGACCAACGCCAUCGUGGCCGUCAUCUCCUACACAGGCUACGACAUGGAGGACGCCAUGAUCGUGAACAAGUCAUCCUGGGAGAGAGGCUUCGCCCACGGGAGCAUCUACAAGACGGAGCUGGUGGACCUGGCAGAAAAAGUGCGGGGAGAAGACAGCGUGGUGUUCGGGGUCAAGCCCGGGGACCCUAAAGUCAACGACAAACUGGACGCUGAUGGACUGCCAUUCAUUGGAUCCACUCUACAAUAUGGAGACCCGUUCUACGGCUACAUCAACCUGAACACCGGCCAGUCCUUCGUCAACUUCUACAA